UCCAUCUCCAUAUUGUCAGGUCUCCAAUCCUUCAGAUAGAGACAACAUCGUCAACGUCAUCCCGCCCGUCAGCCAGAGUGGCAUGCCACCAUUCCAAACACUGCUUAGGUUCUGGAUAUUGCUCCAUCCCCACCGAAUCCCCCAUUGUGCCCUCCAUAGGUACUCCUAUUCACUGCAUGUUGAAUCGAGCCAACCAUCAACCAAUAGCUCAGAAUACCCAUCCGAAUACCUAUCACGUAGCUAAUUCUCGAGGCUACCAUUUCAGGCGCCAACUUCUGCUGUUUGCCUAUUUACUGCAUAAGAUUGCCGAAUAGACAUCCCUGCAUGCAAGUAAUACUUCUAAUGCGUGACUCACUCGCCUGCAUUUAGCUUCGACGCGAACCCAAACGAAGCUUCUCAACCCGACUUAGUUGCCGCCUACUUAGCGCUUGACCGACCCCAGUCCCUACACCCCGGAAUCCCUAGCUGUACAUGUAGACGCUCGCUUCACCAUUCUUCUUGGCACGCAAAUGCAUAUAUAAACGUCGCGAACCCCCGAGUUCAUUUAUUGUCGCGCUCUUUGUUUGACGCGACGCGACUCGUCACCCCAACAACCCGCGUCCGCACUGCCUGAUUAAGGCGAGUCUCAGAAGCCAUAAAUUGCCGACCCAGUUCGAACCGACCCGUCACAGCAAACCGUUGCGUUACCGACAUGAGUUCACGAACAUAGUCCGCAACCAAUUUGAACACCAACAAUGGCGCGCACUAGACGAUCAAAUAUCCCAGUCGAGGGCUCUUGGCGUAUGGUGGAAGGCGAAAACGACAGCUUCGACACCUCCAUCGUUCAGGACGCACACGAUGAGAACUGGGUCAUGUCGAGCGGGCAAUCCCAAUACACAUCAUCCUCACAAGACCUAGCAUCUCAAGAAAGCAUUCGCGACUUCGCCGACAGAGCCGACGAAGAUCAGAUCAUCCUGCGAGCGCCCUUCCAGCCUUCCCUAGCAUCCACGCGGCAUGCUUCAUUAGAUAAGGAGCGGACCCCGAUUCCGGAGUUCUUCAUGCCUACUCCCGUAGUCAACACUAGCCCUCGACGCCCCAGCACUCGCUCGUCAAGAACCAUCAACCCUGAGUCAACUGAGACAUCACAAGUUCGUCGGCGAGUAUUCCGGCAGGGAUCAGCCGAUGAGGCUCUUCAGGGUUCCAUCAAGCCGCCAUUCGACGACCACAUGCGGAAGCGUUCGACGCAGCAGCCUGGUGUCCCUCAACGAUCCACGAACUUGACUUCAGGGGUUCUCUUAGAUUGCUUUGGUUGGAUUUUCUCCGUCAUCGGAAUCGCUCUACGAUUUGCGAAGUGGCCUAUCGCCUUGUUCCUGGCUCUCUAUAUGGUGCUCGGGAUUGCCCUAGUAACGAGGAAUGUCGUCACUGAUUCCGUCACUGCAUCGUUGCAGCCUAUCUGCAGGAUACCGGGUGUUUCGUUUCUCGAUAUCCCAUUCUGCACAAAUGGUCCUUCCCCCCCAGGUUCGAAGGGCAAAGCACAGCCUGUCGCGUUCGACGAACUUAUGAAUGUGCAAUCGCAAUUCGAGAAAGUACUCGAGGACUCGACACAAGGCGUCUCGUUGCCUAUGGAUAUGAAGCGCGCCGAGGCGUCAGUGCGUGAUCUGCGCACGCUAGUCAAAUAUAGCGAUUUGCCCUCGCGCGAAGAACUAGUCUAUGAGUUCGACGGUUAUAUAGAUUCUGUGCGCAACAUUAUCAACGAUCUACAAUCGUUCAACACCCAUGUCGGCGGUGCUGUCGACAGCGUCAUCAACAUCAACCGCUGGACAUCUCGGUACAUCGACUCCAUCGCCGUAAACCGAGAAGCACAGAGCCAGUUGAUCUCGUGGAACAUUAUCGAAUGGUUAUUUGCGCCCUUUCAACCCCCUGUAUUUCACGAGCGCAUAAUACUGGAGAAAUACAUCGAACAUACGUCUUUCGUCUCGGAUAAGAUUCAAGGUCUUAUUCUCGAGGCACAAGCUACGCUUCGCCUGCUCUCGAAGGCGGAUGAUCAUCUGCAACGUAUCGAUGAAUUCAUCGUGCGAAACGGGAAUGCAGCUAAGGAAAAGCGUAGCGAUGCACUCUGGGAUCUAUGGACUUACAUCGGCGCGAAUAAUCGCCAACUCAAUAAAUUGAGCGCUCAACUGUCGUUGCUGAAACAAGUCGAUGCGCAGCGCACUGCGGCUGUCACGCAGCUCAUGGGCCUUGUGCAUGACCUAGGCGAUAUUCAGACUAAAUUGAGUGAUUUAAGGGAUCGUGUCGCGGCCCCGGAGUUGCUGGCUGAUACUACGUCUAUUCCGCUCAGUGUGCAUAUUGAGACCAUCGAUGCUGGAGUCCAGAGGCUUGAGGCGGCGAGAGUACGUAUCCGUACAGAAGAGAAUGAACGGUUGCAGCAGGCGCUUGCUAGGGGGAAGGGGGAGAUUCCUAUGAUUGAAUCCUGAGAGGGUAAUAGUUGGGACUGGAUCGGGGUUGAUAUGAUAGGGUUUGCUUGGAUUGCUGUGUGCAUGCGACGGCGCUUGGAGUUCAGGUUGACCCUGGGUUGGAUAUGAGCUUUCGCGGCGUCGAUGAUUGCAUUUUGGAGGACUGGGUUUGAGUAUAGAUACCACUAAUAUAUACUUUUCAUUCAAAUGAGGGUGUUACAUGUGACUUUUAUGAGUAAGGAUAUAUCGUAUCAUGCGCUUCGAAGAUGGUAUUAGGUAAACAAGUAUGUACAUAGGUUGGGAGGUAGUGAAAUGUGACUACGACUUCGUUGGUUGUCAUAUAUUAGGUAGGUGAGAUAAUUGGGUUAAAUACACUCACGCUCCCCCAAUAUAAGUACCUAUAACUCGCCAUACAUAUGCCCUGAAGUGUACUGUAGACAGGUAGGCACUUAGAUAGCUUGGUAUGAAAAGCGCGUUGUCUCUGGACCUUGAAUGGAUUGUGUAAGUAUCA